AUGUCAGUUCUUAAAAAUGAUCUUCUUCUACACGAGGCUGUGAUAAAGAACGAAGCGGACACUGUUCGUAAAGUACUUAAGGAGACUGUCGACGUAGAUUCCAGAAAUAAUUAUGGUCGCGCUCCGAUUCAUUGGGCAGCAUCUAGAGGAAACACAGAAAUUAUUGAAAUGUUAAUACAAGCCAAGUGCGAUAUCGAAGCGAGAGAUAAGUAUGGAAUGCGACCCUUGCAUAUGGCCGCCCAGCACGGUCACCGAGAUGCGGUGAAGAUGCUGAUCAAUGCUGGAGCAAAUGUAUCCGCGGUUAACAAGAAACAACACACUCUUUUAAUGUGCGGCGCUCGUGGCAGCAACGUCGCCGUAGUGGAGUACUUGGCGGAUGCAGUGGAAUCGUUAAACGGUGAGGCAACUGACUCCACCGGGGCGACUGCUCUUCAUCAUGCAGCCAUCACCGGACAUCCGGCGGUAAUCACAGCGCUUGCAAACAUCCCGCGGAUCGUGCUGGACACCACGGACAAG